AACCAAACUCGGUCACCUUCUGUCCGCACAUUGACUUCAGGAGAUCAGGUUGUUGUUCAGCAUGCAGCUCUGCGCUACGCUCACUGUUCUCGGGCUCCUGGUAACAGGGUCACGGGCGCAGGGGUUGAUGCCCACCAUCAGCUUGCCCCCCUGUGAUUCCCCUGAGGCUGAAGCAGCGGCUCUGGUGGCACAGGGAUUCCUCAACACUCAGCACACACACGGUUACAAAUAUGUCUUAAAUCAAAUUGACGAAAUCAAGAUCGUCUCCAGGCCACUUCAAGCAGACACGUACCAUUUGGAGCUAGAUUUUCUUGAAACUACGUGUCAUGUCUUGGAUCCAACAGCUGUGAGCCUUUGUCCAGUCAGACAAAAAAUUAAUACGGCAGUUGAGGCAGAUUGUGAUUUUGUACUGGCAAAUACAACUCAAGGUCUGUCUGUUGUGGCAUUCAAGUGUAAAACUGAGACAGAAUCAGAAGAUGAAUGCUUAGGCUGCCCUCAACUCGUUCCAUUAAAUGACACCGAUGGCCUCCAACUCAUUGAAACCUCUUUAGAUCAUUUCAAUAAAAAUAAUCCUCUAAACACAAAGUUUGCACUCCUUGAAAUUGGACGCAUGGGAUCCCAGAUUGUCAGUGGCGGACCCAGGUACUUUGCAGAAUAUGCCAUUAUUGGGACUAACUGCACAAGUCAAGAUGAUGAUAUAUGCAUCCCUCAGAAUCAUACUGUUGCUAUUCAUGGACUAUGUCUAGCUGAAGGUUCUGCCAAUGGUGUUGACUGCAAAAUCUUUGCCCCAACCCAAGCGAGCAAUGCCACAGUGCGAGUCCAACAGCUUCUGCAUGCACACACCUUUGGACCUCAGCACAACCCCGCCAUUCAUGGCCUCAAACAUCACAAGCUGACAGCACUCCAUGACCCUUCGGCAAGUGGUCUGCUCUCUGCAGAAUCCAACGAAUUGGCUGAGGUCAUGGUAGUGCCAGUGCCAAAGGAGGCUCCUGUUGUAAAGAGGGAGGUCGCUGCACCGGAAGGGCCAGCCGUAGAUGCAACAGUGUCAGCAAAAGCAACCCUUCUUUCAGGGCCGAUUCUCCGUACUCCUAUUUGUCCAGGAAAAAAGAAACAUUUCUGACCUAGUCACAUUUCAUGAACCAACACAGAUAAUAUUAACUUGUCUUGUUGAGUUCUGAGGUUGCCACCAAACUCA